AUGGCGCCAGAGCUGACGGUGGGGCUUGUGCUGGGAGGCUACUUCGGCUUGGGCGUGGCGCUGCAUUUGCUGCUGUGGCUCGUGGCUUGUCUCCAGUCCUGCAUUUGUCCUGCCCGCUGGCCCGACGUGGAGCUGCGAAACAAGCGCAAGUCCGAGGGUGGCGAGGAGGCCAUCCAGGGCCAGGGCCACGAGUGCUACGAGUACGACACGCCUGGGUGGCCGCCCUACGCGCUCUUCAAGGUGGUCUUCGGGCUUUGCACAGGGCUGCUGACCUUUCGCCUUCUCAGCUUCAUCCUCUUCUUUGGGCUCACCGGGCUCACGGUACGGGUGGGCACCUUCUUCCGCAGGGGCAGCUUCAUGCACAGAUUCUGCAACUCUUCCUUCGCAGUGCUCUCAAGGAUGCUUUGCAACUUGAGCGCAUGCUAUGUCAUCCAGGUCUUCCACGGUGAGCGCCUGGACUGGGUGGGCCGACCCGGCCGGCACCCAGUGGUGGUGCCAAACCACAUCUCCAUGAUCGAGGCCUUCAGCAUGAAUUGGCUCACCUGGGUCAUGGCGGGCUGCGUGGCCAAGUCCCAGCUCUCCAUCCCCGGCGUGGGCGCCGCCGCGGACUUCGUGAACGGCGUUGUGGUUGACACCAAAGACCCCAACGUCAAGGAGAAGGUGAAUGCGGGCAUCUUGCAGUACGUCAAUAACCAGCCAGACGAGAAGGGCAAGCUCCCUCACUCGAAAGCCUUUGUCAUUUACCCCGAGGGUGUCACCAACUCCCAGCGGGGGUUAUUUCGCUUCAACACUGGUGCCUUCACCCCUGGACAGCCGGUGCAGCCCAUCGUGCAGAGAUUUCCCUACAAGUUCAUGAACCCUGCCUGGGUGUCUGACAGCCGCGUUUCCAAGGGCAACGACAUGCCGUGGCUCUUUUUCCGAUACAUGUCACAAUUCACUAUGCCUUUGCAAGUGAAGGUCUGCGAGAUAUGGGAGCCCAACGAGGCUGAGAAGGCCGACCCCUUUCUUUUCGCCGGCAAUGUGCAAAAUUACAUGGGCUUGCAGCUGGGAAUACCAGUGACCAGCACCAGCAACAAGAUCCUCCGGGAGGCUGGUGGGCCUUUCGACCUGAAGAAGCAGUCGCAGGUGCAGCCGGAGAAUGGAGACGCCGACAGGUUCAAUAUCCAAAACAUCGGUGCCGCUUCCAGCAACGAGGCCCUGCGGCUCGAGGGCUGCCGCAACACGGAGUCCUACACUGGGGCCCUCAAGGCGAUUGAAGGUGAAGGCGUUUGCGGGCUGUGCCUGGGCCUUCUGGGCGAUGUGCAGGAGCCCCUGCGACAGCUGCUCCAGGAGGCGCCUGCAGUGGAGGGCAAGUACUACAAGUUCAGCAUCGCGUUGCCUGUCAGCGUGGCCCUGCGGCAGCAGAUCCUCCUGUCCAUGGCUCGCUCCGAGGAGCGCGAUGUGGUGAAGGUUCAGGAUGUGCUGCAGUGGCUUCUGCAGGAUGCUCUAGGUGCUAUGGGCCUCGCACCUCUCGCAGGUCUCGCGGAGGAGCCUUCGUCGGAUCUGGUGAUUUGCAUCCACGCAGGAGGCGAAUACGCGGAGACAGAUGAGGCCUUGCAGUGGCUGCCGAGUUCUCAGAGGGGCGCGCGCUUUUCCAAGAAGCGGAAGCGCGAGCGGGAGCCGCCGACACCCGAAGCGGCGGUGCAGGCGCUGGAUGGCUUAAGCUUCGCCGCCUGCGCGGAGAAGCUGCAGCUGGAGGAGGCAGCGCUGCUGCGAGGCUUGGAGAGGCCCAAGGGCAUGCCGGCGAAGCUGCAGCUGCGCUUGCUGCGUGACAGCUUCUACCUCCGCGGGAGGUACUUGAAGCUUUCCCGCAGGCUACCUCAGUCGCCUUGGCUCAUCGAAGGUGAGCGCAAGGGUGACGGCUCCGUGGAGGAGGAGCUCGCCACGGUGAGCAAACACUUUGGCGGCGAGGUCCGGUUCCACGCGGAGGGCCGCGAGGACAUCGACGUGCGAAUGCUGGGCCUUGGCCGACCCUUUGUGCUGGAGGUGAAGAACGCGCGUGUGGUCACCGUAAACUUGGCCGACGUGGAGGCGGCGAUGAACCGCGCCAGCGCCGGUGGGUCACUCAGCUGGUGGCAGGUGGCAGAGGCGUGGAAGUCCGGCAUCUGCAGCGGUGUCAGGCAUGUGAAGAGUAUGGGUCUGAAGCGUCCGCCGGUCUUCCUGCUGGAGGCCGGGCACUUGGCUGGGCGGCACCUGGUCCCUGCGGAACCACUGCUGCGCCUGCCCAAGCUGAGAAAACGGAAGCACCUGAAGCGCUUCCUGGUGACCCAGGAGGAGGUCCUGGAGGGCUUGGACCAAGUUGCUGCAGACUUCCCGUCGGCUGCCACCUGGUGCCAGCUGCUUGACAGCUUCAAGCACCCGCCGCUGCCCUACGAGGUCUUCGAAGGCAAGCUGGACACCUUGCAGGAGAGGUUCCUCCGGCUGGCGCUGCGCGAGCCGUGCCCAUCGGAUGCCACGCUCGUGGUGGUGGAGACAGGGGAGCUGCUGGAGCGGCUGAAUUUUCCGGCGGAGGAGCUGCGAGAAGCAGCGGCUGCCGGGGCGCAGGGGGCGGUGCAGGUCUUGGGCGGGCUGCGCCAGCUGGGCCAAGCCAUGUACGGAGGUUCGGCUUCGCUGGGGCGCCAGGAGCAGCUGCUGAUGCAGGCGCUCGGGGCACGCACAGAGGAGCCAUUGCCGCCGAAAGCAGAGGUGCCGGAGACGUCAGAGGAGCCUCAGAAGCCGGUGGACCCCGCGGUGGCGCGCGCCCGCGCCUGGCUGAGCUCCCGGGGCAUCUUGGACCUCGCCACCCCGCCGAAGACGCCGACAAAGACGCCGACGCCAGCGACGCUGGCCGCGACCCCGCGGAGCUCCGCGGCGCUGCGGGCCCCUUCCUCUUGGACGACGCCAAGGCGGAGCAGGUCCCUGGCGGCGGAGGUGCGCCACACCGAGGCGCUGCACGAGCGCCUGCGGGCGCGGGCGGCCAAGGAGAAGCUGCCGAUGCCCUGCGCGGAGCCCGUGAGGAGGGCCCAGCAGAGGGCAAAAUCCAUCCAGCAGAAGUUGGCGGAGCAGGAGGAGGCGGAGCUGCAGCUACGCAGCCGCAGCGGCCAGGUCUUGGCAGCCCAGACGGCCGAACUCUUCCGGCGCCGGGACGCGCGCCUGCGGCGCUGGCAAAGCUCCCGAGGCGAGCGGACGGCGAGCUUCGCCUCCGGCGAAGAGUCACCGCAGCCUGCGCCGGAGCCGUGCCCACUGCCUGACUCGGAGUGA